AUGGAGGAGACUCCGCAAGAACGCCAAACCCGCAAAACGGGUGACUUUCCCAAGGUUGAGCACGAGCUUCCCGCGAUGCCUUCCCGCAUGCAGGCCCCAUUUCUUGACUCUGCGAGCUCUUAUCUGGGCUCUUACAACCCGUUUGCGCGGCCGGUCACCGCCGAGGAUACGGUCUGGUUGUUGGACAACACUGCAUAUCGGCCCGUCAGUGCAAUCAAUCUGCGCCGCCAGCCAUUUCAAGCAGAAUUUAUCGUCGCCUACUUUCGCCGAAACAGCGGCAAAUGGUUCAGCAAGUUCGUCGCAGAUGUUGCGGAGAAGGUGCGCCUGGGCGAGCCAGGCGAGGACGAAGCGGCCGUAGAAGCCCUUAUUCGCAAACGUGUUCAGCCCAUGUUCGAUACCAUCUUGCCGGCGCGCACCGUAAACAUUCUGUUGCACAACGGCUCCGUUGCCAAGUUGGGACCGAGUGGACGUAAUGGCGUCAGCAACAAUAGCAUCAGCCUAGGCGGCGAUCCUCAUCCUGACAAUCGCGCAAAGCACAUCGCUGUGAUUGACGGCGAAGAAGCGCAUCAUGUGAGCAUGACCACGCACUUUGCAGAGCCUGAAGGAUGGGGCUUCAUAUCAGACAUUGACGAUAGCAUCAAAGUCACACUGACUCCAAGCCCUAUUGGCAUUCUUCGUACUACAUUUGCCCUCCCGCCUGAGCCUAUUGCGGGUAUGCCUGAGCUCUAUUCCCACAUCAACCAACUUUUGAACCCAUCAUGGUUCUAUCUUUCCGCAUCUCCCUACAACUUGUAUCCUUUCCUGCACAGUUUCCGUCGGGAGUACUAUCCCGAUGGCACCAUUAUUCUGCGCGACGCAUCAUGGAUGGACCUCGCAGGAUUCCUCGCAUCCCUCACUCAGGGAACGCAAGCGUAUAAAGUCGACCGUAUGGAGAAGAUCCACUCUUGGCUGCCGAACCGGAAAUUCAUCUGUCUGGGUGAUUCGACGCAGAGCGACCCCGAAGCGUACGCGGAAGUGUACCGGAAAUAUCCUCACUGGAUCCGGGCUAUUUUCAUCCGCAAAGUGACUGACAUUUUUGAAAUGAACGAGACAGACAAGAAUGAGGAUAAGAGAUUUGAAGAGGCUUUCAAGCAUGUCCCUCGGGAUGUGUGGCAUGUGUUUACUGACCCGAGCGAGCUCUAUGCCAGGGUCAAUAUUUUGACGAAGAAAUGA